AUGACAGACUCCGACACUACAUUCCGGAUCGAGAACAACUCAUACCCACAAGCCGGCACAGUAUUUUACAGACCGAGGGAGAGAGAUCAGCGUAGGCCACCAACAUUGCCUACCCCACGUAUACGAGCACGUACACGACGCCCUCAGUCUAUACACAUCCUGUCGUACCCGUCGGGAUAUGUACCUCGUGAUCUCAGACCUGAAUCACACUCAAGAUCAAAAAAGUCAGCCAAAUCUUCAAAACAGAGAGAAAAGCAAAGGCUGCACGAUCAAAGCGGAAGAACCUCUCCCGGAGCUUCAAGAAGCGUCUUAGAAAAGGUCUUCUCUCCACUCAAGUCACACCUCUCCAGCAACGUCUCAAAAGACGUCACAAAGCUCAACAUACCCGGCACGUCUCGUCCCAGUACAUCUUCUUGGCGUGACACUUCGUCUUCGCAUUCCAUGAUUGCAGUGCCACAUAGCGGGGCAUCCCAGAUGCCAGCAUCUACCAUGGUCGACACGAGGCGAUCCCCCAUGCUUGGAACGGCCCUCCAGAAUUCGCAUAGGAAUAGUAUCAUGUCUAUGCGCUCGGCCAAGAGUAUCAUGAGUUCAGCAGUGACCGAAGUUCCCAAACCUGUUGCUUCUGGCUCUGGCGUGUCGUGCUCCAUUGUUCUCGCAGAGCCAAACAUUUUUCUGACAGGCUUCGAACACGAUGGCCGACCACGACACGAGACGGCAAAUUCCACGGCACUACUCCGUGGAAAGCUCCAACUUGACGUUACCAAGAACGUCAAGCUCAAGUCAGUUACACUGAAGCUCUCUGGAAAGGCAAGAACCGAAUGGCCAGAGGGCAUCCCACCACUCAAGGUGGACCAGUUUGAGGAAGAAUCUUUGAGGACCCAGGUACUCACAUUCUUCCAUGCCAUGCACGAAACGUGGGAGACCGAGUAUGGAAAUCAGUGCACAUACUCCAUCAAGGGCAGCGCCGAGACAUCGUCCAAUACGAACCUCUCCGUUCCUGCGCAAGGCCAAGUUUCGCUGGGGCUGAGGAAUCGACCGAAUGGAAAUCUUACCGCCAAGGAGUAUAAGCGCCUCUCAUUGGCAAACUCACAAGCUAGGAGCUUUGGAAAGGGAGAUUCCCCGGGUGGCAACUCGGUGCAACUGAAAGGAUACAAGGUGUUCUACCCGGGCACCUAUGAGUACACUUUUGAGUUGCCCAUAGAUCACCAUCAGUUGGAAACGACGAAGCUUCAGUUCGGAUCAGUCAAGUGGGAACUUGAAACAAUUGUUGAGCGUGCUGGUGCAUUUAAGCCAAAUUUGCACGGCACAAAGGAGGUCUGCAUUGUACGGGUGCCGGAUCAGCUGUCUUUGGAAAUGACGGAACCCAUCUCCAUCAGCAGGCAAUGGGAGGAUCAGCUCCACUACGAUAUCAUGAUUUCUGGAAAAUCGUUUCCCAUCGGCAGCAAGAUCCCCAUUGCGUUCAAGCUGACACCCCUGGCCAAGGUCCAGGUGCAUAAACUCAAGGUCUUUGUCACUGAGUCAAUCGAGUACUGGACCAAUGACCGACGCGUUACACGGAAGGAUCCUGGCAGGAAGAUCCUGCUACUGGAAAAGUCGGCUGGAAAGCCUCUGGACAAGCAAUUUGAGAACUCUGACAUCAGAGUUUUGAGCGGAGGUGAACUAUCACCGCAUGAGAGACACGAGGCGCGGGUUGCGGCAGCCAGGCGACGCAGCGUAGAGGCGUCCCAAAGGCAUACCGCACCGCAACCACUGCCAGAUCCGGCGGAUAACUUGCUGGGCGAUUUGGAUCUGGGCUUGGAAUCAUACUGGGGGUCGACCGAGAUUGAGAUGAAUGUCCAAAUGCCAACUUGCGAACAAAUGGCAAAGGACAAGAGCCUGCGCCUGAACCCUGACUGCAGUUGGAGAAAUGUUAAUGUCUAUCAUUGGAUUAAAAUCGUCAUGAGAAUAUCUCGGCUCGACCCUGAGGAUCCAGCUGGCAAGCGCAGGCGUCACUUUGAGAUCAGCAUUGACUCACCCUUUACGGUGCUCAACUGCCGCGCAACUCAAGCCAAUACAAGCCUGCCAGAGUAUUCUGGUCUUGACCAGCCCAUGUAUAGACAACAAGCCACUUGCGGUUGCCCAGACGCCACUAUCCUGGCUACAAACCCGUCGCCUGCCUCCAGUACUGGAACUAUCCCCUCGGUUGAUCCUACACCACUGAGCGCCGAGAUAUCAACACUUCCACCCCCGCCUGCAGCUCACAUAGGCACACAGGCGCAAGCAGGCGGAGCUCAGCCUGUACAACGCCCGAUGCACUUGAUGCGAUACCCCUCCUUUAAUCCUCCAGCAUUUGAUGAGGACGAGGCACCACCACCGCUGCCCACGCCGCCCCCACAAUAUGACCAUGUUGUGGGAACUCCCAGCGUGGAUGGUCUUGCUGACUACUUUGCGAGAUUGGCGGACUAUGACGAUGGCGAUAGCGACAGUGCCGAUGAAGACUUUGGCACCCCGAGCCGGAUUAUGGAUCGUGGACGUGUCAAUGUCGCCAACCCCCGAACACCCGGAGGUAGAAUGGUCCCAAGCCGGAGCUUGGACCUGGCUCGGCCAUCUAUGAUGAACCUUCACAUGGCUGGAGCCUUGAACGAAAGGCGAGGAUAG